UUGGUGGCGCCGAGCUUCUGGAGCAUGCACUGCAGAAUAAGGAUUUGCACGGGGGAAGAGUAAGUACCUCAUACUGACAACAGAACCGUCAAACUCGGAACAAGUGAAGCACGCUCUCUUUCUCUCACGGGCGUCCGUAAGCAAAGCGCUACUUUUCGUGAAGCCUUACUAGCGGUACGCUCUCUAACUGUAAACCCCAGCAAACAGGCGAUGGUGAGCCGUGUCUGCGUGUAUUCCAACGUAGCGACACUGGAUUGUAAUUGUGGCUGUUUGUCCAAAGGGAAGCCGCAGAGGUUCCGCGGUCGAUUAGUUGGAUAAGCAAGAACUGAUCAUCUCCCCGUCGCCACAAAAAGCAAAGCCUCAAAAGUUCCACAAAAGUUCGAUUGUGAAUGGACUUUCCAUCUUUAGCCACGAUUUACUGGUUCAUCUCGGUCGCUUUUGGUGGACAUCCGUCUCAUCAGGACUUAUCUGUGUUAGAUUUUCCCAAACUUGUCAUCGUCGGAAAUAUUGGAUGCCAAGUUUGCGGUUGAGCUCCUUUUAAGUGAAUGAUCACCUCAUCAUGGUGUAUUGUUAUCAGUCAUCGGUAUUGUAAUACAUAUUUUUCUUUUCCCAAAGGAUAUUGAUUCUUAUUUGUGUCACAGUUCUUUUGAAGUACUUAUGGAAACCCUUCUCCUUUAAGUCAUAUACCGUCACCAGCAGCGAGGAACAACUUUUGCAGUUUCACUUGUCGACGCCUUAAUCAACAUCACUCCGGUCGAAGGAGGGAUGCGGCGGUAGAGGUUUGUACGCCCUUUAGGCGACAACUUACUCUUAUAGAGGAUUACCAUAGUGGUCAAUCUUAGACAAAGGUUGGCGUCCACUCACAAGGAAUUAUAUAUUCUCCCCUAUUCAUCUUACUCACGCAUAUUGAGAAUCAUUCUUGUUUUAUGAUUUCGUGUUUGUGGAUAUACUCAACACUUCGCACAUAAAGCGAAAUGAAAAGGAUGUAUUAUUAAAGAAAAAUUGUGAUAUUUAUAUAUAUUUCGCUACGUCAGUUCCACAGGACUCUCUUGGAUAUUAUAUAUGUGAAUACAUUUGCAGGAAACAUCUGGUAAGAUGAAGAAUCUCGUACUUGGAAUCAUGUUAAUAGCACUUGGUGCUUCUUGUGCUCGGGGCAUAGGUGACGGUGAAUGCCCAGGACUUUGUAACUGCUAUGGAACCACUGUCAAUUGCCGGGAUAGAGGACUUCAUGAGGUUCCAAGAGGAAUACCAAGGGGAACAGAAAGAUUAUACCUCAGCGAAAACAAUAUAACGAGGAUACGAAGGAGAGAUUUCGAUGGUUUGCAGUCACUUCGAACGUUACAUCUCAUGAACAACCAAAUAGUUCACAUCGAAAGAGGAUCAUUCACAGACCUUAUUACUGUUGAACGCCUGCGUCUGAACAACAACAAGCUCCAAAAUUUGCCAGAAUUAUCAUUUUCUAGAAUGGAUAAUCUCUACAAACUGUAAGUGUCAAAUUUCAUGUUUGUUUUCAUUUUUCCCUUUAUAUUUUGAAAGAGUAAAGACUGGAAUUCAUUCCAGCCCUUUGAGAUGCAAAGAGGAAAUCUUCCAAUCCUUUACAAAACAUAGUUGUUCUUUAUAGAAAACCAUUUUAAAGUAUACAUUAGUCAUCAACAUGUAACACCCUAUGAACUCUGGGAUUAAAACACAAUCACUAGUGAAAGGGGGUGUCUGUUUAUCCCUGUAUUGUACGUCUUUAUAGAAAUGUUUUUUCUUGUGGUUGUGGAGUAAAGAAAUCUCAUCCUUCAUUUGAGGAUUUGAUGGUUUUAAUCAGAUGUUUAAUGCUUCCAAGCACAGUUGUGUGAAUAAUGACUAUCUUCUUCAAGGUUGAGUACUUUGUAAAUUGUAAUGAUAAAAAUCAAUACAUAUGUAUCUAGAGGAGUGCUCUGGAAUGAUGAUUGAAGCCCUUUCCUCCUAUAAUUGUUUCUUUUAUAGACAUCUUUCCUGAUUUUCUUUUUAUUGAGCUUAAUCUGAUAAGGAUAAAUUACGAUUUUCCUAUGAAACAUAGAUUUUUUUUCAUGUGAUAGAUAUUUUCACCAAAUCAAGAGGAAUAUUGACAUUAUUGUAUUUUGUUAAAAACAUAUGUUAUUCUUAAAUCAGAUUUUAUUUAUUCAUUCUUUAUAAUCUAAUGUUUUUAAAAUAAAUUAUCAGAUAAUUCACAAGUCUUUUUUGAUGUUUCUAAAAUCCUAAACUUAUUUUAAGUGCAAUCCUUGUAUAAGCAUAAUGUGCAUCAAACUUAUUUGUUUGUAUGCUAGUCAUGCUCUGUAGCGACAUGUACUGCUUGUUUUUUUUAACCAAACUUUGAAUUUUAAUUGAAUUACCACGGCUUAAGGUUUUAUAAAUUACCAAAAAGGAGUCAGUGGUCUAGACACUUUGUUCACAUCUUCUUUCUUAAAAGUGGCAUAAUGGAUUGAAGAAUUGAAAGAUUAUCACUAUUAAUCAGACCAGGUAAUGCUGUUUGGGCAAGAAUGACAAGACUUUAAUCCAGUGAUUAUACCCAAGAUGAGCCAUUUUACCAAGUUUCAUUCAAUUUGCCAAAAUUUAAGUGAGAAAACACUCUUUGAAUGGGGAUGUGAUGUGGGUUUUAAAACAUGCUUCAGUGAGUUUCAUUGUUUUUAUGUGUAUUGGAUAUUCUGGUUCUUAUAAGUUUUGAAAUCUGUUGGUAUUUGAGAGAGAAAUGAGUAAUGAAUUGACUCUCACCAAAGAAUGUUAUGUUUAGGGUGAAGUAACAGUGGGAACAAAUGAGUAAGUUGAUCUAGAAAUGUGUCUUGGUAUAUGAUGACAGAGAUGCCCCUUUGAGAAUUGAUGUGUGUAAAGUUAAAAUGAAGAGAAGGAAGAAGGGAGGGGAAAAGUGAAGAAUUAGAGAGUCCCCCCUC